CACCAAAAAAAGCCGAUCUAUCUUUCAUCUUCUCCACGCUUCCUCCUCCUCUCACAGAUCAAAGAUGCAACCUGGAGGAGAUUACAAUUCCUAUUACCAUCAUCAUCACCAGUACCCUCCUCAGUUUCCUAACCCUUCUCCUAAUCCUUCUCCUAAUCCCACCGAUCUUGCUCAAAACACCUACGCGUCGGCUCCACCGUUUACCGGCGGUUACGGCGCCGGCGAUUACUCCCAGAACUAUCAACCGCCUUACGGGGUUCAAAACACUGAACAUGUCCCUCCUCCUUCAGCUCCUCCUUCCUUCCCUCCUCCGGCAACAAACCCUAAUUCUUAUUCCGCCUUGAACCAACCGCCCCCGAUUCACCCGCCCGCACCAUCCUCUUACGGAUCCUCUGCUCCUCCCUAUACAUCGCCGCCUCCCAUGUACUAUCCACCCUUUGAUCCUCCUCCAUCAUCUGCACCUGCACCCAAUCCUAAUCCUCUGGUUCAUGCUCCGCAACAGCCUUACUCAUCGUCCUACUCUUCAACUCCUUCUUAUGGCGAUUACGGUAGAUCCGAAUCAUCAGCCUCAGAUCUAUACGGCAAACGAUCUGGCAGCGGAGGAGGAGGAGGAGGGUACCCAGCGUUCGAAGAUUCUUCAUCCUACGGAGAUGGCGUUUAUCCUUAUUCAGGAGGAGGCAAAGUUGAGCCGUACGGGUCUCGUGGAACAGCGCCCAAAUCAUCGAACUCGACCUUGUUCGACGAUUACGGACGCCCCAUCAGCGUCUCUGAUUCCUCCUCCUCUGCUGGCUCUAAAUCCGCUAAGAUCGCUAGAGCUGUCCCCAAGGCUGAUGUCCAGGAAGAUUCCUCGGGCGGUGUUCAGAAGUUUCGUGUCAAGUUGUUGGCUGAAACCUACGGACAGACCACUACUGAUGUUCUUUGUCAGAUUGGUUUGGAUGGUCUCCGUAUGCUUGAUCCAAGUAGUAGCCGGACUUUGAGAAUAUAUCCUCUCGAGAACAUCACAAGAUGCGAAAAACUAGAUUCGUCUAUUCUGGCUUUUUGGUCUAAGACUCCGGUAGACUUCGAAGCUAAACGUAUCAGACUGCAAUCGAAUAGUUACACCACCAACACCCUUUUGGACACUGUCACAGCUGCAAUGUUUCAGGCCAAGGAGAUUGGGGGAAGUAGCAGGCCUCCUGUCUCUGCCAAGCUGGUCGAACAGUCUGCUGAGAAGAAGAAAGGAUUGGGUGAUUGGAUGAACAAAAUAAAGCCUGUAAAUGAGGAGAAAGAUCAUUGGGUCCCUGAUGAAGCGGUUUCAAAGUGCACAUCGUGUGGGUCAGACUUCGGUGCAUUCAAUCGAAGGCAUCAUUGCAGGAACUGUGGUGAUGUCUUCUGUGACAAGUGCACUCAAGGUAGGAUUGCUCUCACUGCAGAGGAGAAUGCUCCCCAAGUCCGUGUCUGCGAUAGGUGUAUGGCAGAAGUGUCACAGAGGUUGAGUAAUGCCAAGGAAUCUGCUAGCAGGAACAUGAGUUUGCAAAGCCAUGAAGACCUCGCUAGGAAGUUACAGGAGGAAAUGCAGAGAAACCGCAAGUCUUCAUCUGGUUCGAGGGAAGGAUCUGGUAGGCGGAUGAAGGAAGUAGCCUGUCCAACAUGCACAGUGCACUUGCAGGUUCAGGUUCCAUCCUCAGGAUCAGAGACCAUCGAGUGCGGGGUUUGCCAAAACCCUUUCCUUGUUAGCUCGCAUUGAUCUUCCUACCCGCCUGUUUUGCUCUUUGACAUAUAUUACCAAUUAAACAUAUGAGAUUUGGGUCAUUUGGUUACUGAAUUGGGUUUGAUAUCCAAAAAUAAGUUGUUGGUCGUGUCUCAUGUGGGUGUUGCUUCCCCCUUUUGUGUGUAUAUGAAAGUCUUUUGAGUGAUGGAACAGAGCAGUCUUUACUUUCAACGUCUUUGAUCAUGGACAUGCUCCAAAAGUUUUAAUAUUAUAUAUAUGAUUUCAUUGUCCA